UUAAGCCCUGAGGUUUUGUGAAAUGAAAGUGAAAAACAUAUUUUCUGUAUAGUCAUACGGCACAUCUGGAGAGAAGUUUGUGUGUUUUUAAUGACUAUUACGCAUUGCUAUUGAUAUUAAUUUAUCUGAUAUUUUUUUAUCUGAAGUGGCAGUUUUGACGAGUAAGGCAAAAUGGCAGAGUCCAGUGUUCAUAGUAAGUCAAGGAUGGGGAAAUUAUGCACCUGUGUCAUAGGUGAUACUUUCAAUUCUGAUAAGGACUUGAUAAGACAACUCAUUGUCCGAGGAAACUGUACUGAAGUGUCAGUAGCGGAGAGUGAUGUCAUCAUGAUGAUCUGUCCUAUCGUCAGUCACCUUGGACCUCUUGAUCUUGAUAUACAACUGGAGGUGGUCUCAGAAUACCUAGCUGGUAAACCUGUCGUUCUGGUGGUGCUGCAUGACACUUUCAACCCAGACUCCACUAUACCUGACAGCAGCAGACUAGUGACCAGGGGUGAGGUAAUACUCACAGUGGACUGUCUAUUUAAUCACAGAGGACUUCUGGACUGUCCUCGCAAUAAAGAAGCAGUCGGUAUGAUUCUGAAGAGGCUAAACGUACAACCAAAGCAGGAAUUCACAGAAGGUGAGCCAAGGAUGGGGAAAUUAUGCACCUGUGUCGUAGGUGAUACUUUCAAUUCUGAUAAGGACUUGAUAAGACAACUCAUUGUCCGAGGAAACUGUACUGAAGUGUCAGUAGCGGAGAGUGAUGUCAUCAUGAUGAUCUGUCCUAUCGUCAGUCACCUUGGACCUCUUGAUCUUGAUAUACAACUGGAGGUGGUCUCAGAAUACCUAGCUGGUAAACCUGUCGUUCUGGUGGUGCUGCAUGACACUUUCAACCCAGACUCCACUAUACCUGACAGCAGCAGACUAGUGACCAGGGGUGAGGUAAUACUCACAGUGGACUGUCUAUUUAAUCACAGAGGACUUCUGGACUGUCCUCGCAAUAAAGAAGCAGUCGGUAUGAUUCUGAAGAGGCUAAACGUACAACCAAAGCAGGAAUUCACAGACGGUGAGCCAAGGAUGGGGAAAUUAUGCACCUGUGUCGUAGGUGAUACUUUCAAUUCUGAUAAGGACUUGAUAAGACAACUCAUUGUCCGAGGAAACUGUACUGAAGUGUCAGUAGCGGAGAGUGAUGUCAUCAUGAUGAUCUGUCCUAUCGUCAGUCACCUUGGACCUCUUGAUCUUGAUAUACAACUGGAGGUGGUCUCAGAAUACCUAGCUGGUAAACCUGUCGUUCUGGUGGUGCUGCAUGACACAUUCAACCCAGACUCCACUAUACCUGACAGCAGCAGACUAGUGACCAGGGGUGAGGUAAUACUCACAGUGGACUGUCUAUUUAAUCACAGAGGACUUCUGGACUGUCCUCGCAAUAAAGAAGCAGUCGGUAUGAUUCUGAAGAGGCUAAACGUACAACCAAAGGUAUAGUUACAACGUAUAGUCCACUUUGAGUUAUUUAGCACCGCACUUGCCCCUCGCCAUUUAAGAAUUUGUAAAAAAUGAUAAUACCCUUUUAGUGUAAGAACUGUUUGAAAAGACUGCCUGAAAUUUCCGCCUGUUUGGGUGGGAUGAAGUUUUGGCCUGCCUGGCGACAUAAAUUAAUUAAUAGACCAAUAAGAAAGGGAGUUUCAAACUUCUCUGCCAAUGACAGCUAGUUUUCAGUUUCCCCUCCCCGCUCAGACCACUCCCAGACAGUCCCAGGAAAAUUAUAUUCAGCUCAAUGUUUGAUUGAAUUGUAUAAGCACUUCUUUCAAUCAACUUGUGGAAAACAAAAUGACUAUUGAAGGGAUGCAAUGAAUUGUAUAUUGAUAUUGUAUUGAGUUUAACUGACAUGAGUUGAAUAUACUGAACAAUAAACAAUAACAACAAAAACAAUUGUAAAAGUAAUCAAAAAGUUUUCCCUGUUGAAUGUGUAUUGAUUGAAACCUGAAGUCAUCUGAAAUAAAAUCUUAGUAUGCUGA